UGUUGGAAAGGUUCUGUACGCAUCGAUAUGCGUGAUCCUUUUCGUGCAGCCCUAGAGGCAGCUGCAGUAGCCUCAUCGCAACAUCGACCACGCGCCUCCAGAUCCAUUAAGCAUACCAAAAUUUUCGAAAUGGUUAUGCAAAUUCUUUCAUCUACCCUAUCACCUCAAACCUCGAAUACAACGUUGUCAAUAGCUGAUUUCAUUGACGAUUCAGCUGAGUUCUCGUCUCUAACGACCAUGUCGUCAACCUCAAUUCGACUCUUCACCAAUCAGUCAGUGUACAAUGAAACCGAUCAGACUGCCAAAUCACAAUGGCAUCAAACAAAAUUUAUGUGUAUAGUAGCGAUAGGCUCAAUAUUUGCCAUCCUAACAACAGUGGGCAAUUUGAUGGUUAUGGUCAGCUUCAAAAUUGAUAAGCAGCUGCAAACGAUCAGCAAUUACUUCCUGUUCAGUCUAGCAGUUGCGGAUAUCGCGAUUGGAAUAGUGUCUAUACCUCUGAUGACUUAUUAUAUGGCUGUUGAUACGCAUUGGGGUAUUGGUUACACGAUGUGUCAAUUUUGGUUAUGUCUUGAUUAUUUUAUGUCGAAUGCGUCUGUACUUAAUUUAUUGUUGAUCUCAUUUGAUAGAUACUUCUCCGUAACCAGACCACUCACCUAUCGUCCAAGGCGAACAGCAAAGAAGGCAUUGACUAUGAUCGCCAGCACUUAUAUUAUAUCGUUAAUUCUAUGGCCACCAUGGAUCAUCAGCUGGCCUCAUAUUGAAGGUCGUUUUACGAAUGAAGAAAAAUGCGUAGUGCAGUUUAUUGAGACGAAUCAAUUCGCCUCGGUUGGCACUGCAAUUGCAGCCUUUUAUCUGCCACUUUCGAUUAUGAUUGUACUCUAUUCGAGAGUUUAUUACGAGACCAAAAAGCGUCAGAAGGAAAUGACUCGCCUGCAGGCUGGACAAUUGAGGCAGUCAUUGAGCAAACGUGAAAUUCAUUCAACAACCUCAUCAACAUCACUAACUGCGAAAAAUUCCUUCAAUCGUAAUAACUUAUUACCUGCGAUUCGAUAUCCGGAUGGAAUCAGAGAAGAAUCGAAAACGCGGAAACGAUCCUGCCUGAGAUCAUGUUUGGGUAGAAGCGGAAUCUCUUCCGAUGAUAGUAGUAGCGAUGUGACCGCACGUGUUGCUGCGGACGAUACCUCACUGAGAAGUAGCAGUAUGGGCUCUAUGCGGCGACCGAACUCGAAACACUCACCUCAUCGUAGUCCAUCGCUAUCACAGCAUAAAGAUAGCAGCAAAAAAACGUCCGAUAUGAGUGGUCAUUACCGAAAUAGUAGUGGACAGUUUAGGUCACGGAAAGUUGAUCGACCUCCGACCUACACAGUGCUGAUCGAGUUGAAAGACGGAGAGGGUAAGCGACCAUCAGUACGGCUGUCUUCUUGUGAGGCUGACGAACUUCCUGGGCAAGCAGGCAAAGACGAUCAGCGCAAAAGUGAUAAAGAAAGGCGGAAGAAUGAGAGGAAACAAGAGAGCAAGGCCGCGAAAACGUUAUCAGCGAUCCUUUUCGCGUUCAUUAUCACAUGGACUCCUUACAACGUGAUCGUUUGUUGGGAAGCGUUCUACAAGCACUCAAUACCGGAAGUCUACUUCCAUAUUGGAUAUUGUCUCUGCUAUAUCAAUUCGACUAUAAAUCCGCUCUGUUACGCACUCUGCAAUGCCAGAUUCCGCAUGACAUAUAUGCGUAUUCUGAAAGGCCGUUGGAAACAACAACGAUCCAAUCUGAUGCGAGAUGCAUAUUUAGUUCGGAUUUGA